AGAGGAGCUAAAUUAUUAACUGACGGUUAAAGUUAGAGGCAGAACUGAGACGCAGUCAGAGUGAGAGUGAGCUGCCGACCGGAGCCGGCCAUGGAUCUCCUGCUGUCCGCCCUGAGGGCCGUGGACCCGGCCGCCGUGGAGCGGGAGUACCAGGUGGUGCGUUCCCAGUCGCUCCAGUUAAAGAAAGAUCACAGUUUGACCACAGAGGUUGGAUCCCUAAAGGAGAACGCCAAGAAGAACCGAUAUAAGGACAUCCUACCAUAUGAUCAGACCCGGGUGGUUCUGUCUCUGCAGACUUCAGGUUCUGACUCCGACUACAUCAACGCCAGCUUCGUCCAGGGGGCGACGGGUGACUGCAGAUACAUCGCCUCCCAGGCUCCCCUUAGUUCCACUCUGACUGACUUCUGGAGGAUGAUCUGGCAGCACAAAAUCAAGGUGAUAGUCAUGGCCUGCAGGGAGAUCGAGAUGGGAAAGAGGAAAUGUGAGUGCUACUGGGCAGCUCCUCAUCAGUCUGCGGCGUUUGGACCUUUCACCGUCACCACGCAGGUGGAGUCGCGGCCCAACCAGGACGUCGUGGUGCGAACCCUGGUGGUCUGCUACCAGCAGGACGUCCACUCGCUGGUCCAGUUCCAGUACCUGUCCUGGCCGGACCACGACGUCCCCUAUGAGACAACCGGGAUUCUGGACCUGCUGGACCGAGCCAGGAGCAGCCAGGGAGCCGAACGCUCUCCUGUCCUGGUCCACUGCAGUGCAGGCUGUGGGAGGACAGGAGUCAUCUGCGCUCUGGACUACAUCCAUGACCUUCUGGUUACCAAGAAGAUCACCAAGGACUUCAGCGUCCUGGACCUCGUCCUGGAGCUGCGGAGACAGAGACCCUCGGCGGUCCAGACCAAGGACCAGUACGGGUUCAUCUUCAGCGCGGCCGCCGGCAUGUUGGAGCGUUUCCUGCAGACGCCUGAGGACCGGCUCUACAGCAACCUGCCGGAGGUGAAAAAACGAGAGAAGAAAACCUCAGCAGCUGCAUCUUCAUCCGUCAACAGUUCAUCCGCCAUGAAUGACACCUACGCUGUGGUCAACAAGGCCAAGCAGCCGCACCGGACCACAUCAGAACUGUCCUACUCCUCCGUGGUCACGCCCAGGUCCAACCCAGGAACCAGAACCCUGCCGCCAUCCCAUCACUAUGACAACGACUUCAGCGCAGCGUCUGCAGCUCCCAUCUACAGCACUGUGAAGCCCAAGGUCAAGCCGCUGACCUCGCCCCCCUCAGCCUCGCCCAUUUAUGACAUGGCCGCCCCGACCAAUCAGAGGGAGGACCUUCACCUGGUGCCAGCAGAAGCAGAUAACGACUAUGAAGACGUUUCCUCUCCUGCCUCAGACGUCAGCAGCUUCUUCACACCUGGAGGCAUCGGUUUUAACUGUCGCAUCCAGAAGCCGAAAGGACCCAGAGAUCCUCCAGCGGCCUGGGGGCGGAUGGAGAGGUGAACUGGUUGAACUGGACUGGUUACCCAUCUGGAAUCACUCCAAACAGCCGGAGUGGUCAGCAUUUAGCCGACCGACUUCACUGUGAUUUGUUCAAUUACUGUAAUCUUCUCAACACUCUGAUACGUUCUUGUUUUAAGAUUAACCAAAGAGCUUCAGUUUGUUCAUGAUUUAACUGAAAUAUGUCAAAUUUAACUAAACAAAAUUUUAUCUAAUUUGCCUGGAGAUUAUCUGCAGAAUUUGUACACAGAGUUUUUGGCUCAUAAUUAAAAAUAUUUUCCGAUGUGGCUUGAGCUUCAAUAAAAACGGUAACAGCA